CAUACAUUUGGACAUAGGAGGAACUUGAUCGCUGGGCGGAAAGUUGGAGCGGGCGGUUCGGCAGCUGCGUUCGUCGCGCGUCGCAGGGGGACAGGGGGAAGAAGGCGAGAUGAUGCCGAUGUAUUUCUUCUUCUCUGACAAAGUGGUUCUUCUGUUUGACUUCUGGAAUGUCCACAGCCCUGCAGGGAUGGUGCUUUCGGUGCUGGUGAUCAUGCUGCUGGCAGUGUUGUACGAAGCCAUCAAAGUGGGCAGGGCCAAGCUGCUCCAGCGCACGAUGCCGGCCCUGGCCCACAGCCUCAGCCAGGAGACUUUACAAGAGCCAGAGAGGGCGUCCAUGAACACAAGCACGGAGCAGCUAGCCAGCACCCCCCAAAAGUUGUUCCUGUGGCACAGCACCCAGACCCUGCUCCACGUCAUCCAAGUGGUCCUUGGUUACCUGGUGAUGCUUGCUGUGAUGUCUUACAAUGCGUGGAUCUUCUUGGGUGUGAUUGUGGGCUCAGCCAUCGGGUACUACAUCGCCUACCCACUGCUCAACACAAGAUAGCCUUGGUGGGCUCGACUCUGUAUAGGAAGUUGAAACAGCCCAGAUUCUGCUUCAGAAACUGAUUGACACGGCUUGGCACCUGCCGAGAAGAAAGAGACGCUCCC